GAGAGAGAGAGGCACCAGCAGCGCUACGAUGUUUCAGCGUGUUUUAAACCGUCUGUGUUUGUAACGACAGAAUCAUGUGAGGAACUGCACAAACUUCACCGCGGGAAACUUCACACACACGAGGAUAUUCACUUUAGUUUGGAGGAGAUUCUGAGACGACAGGUUUAACGUGCAAACAAACCCGCGGAACUUACAUUUGUGUCGCUGAAGGUUUCAGAGCUGUGCCAGAACCAAACCUAUCAGAGUCACGAAGUUUUAAAGCGCUGCUGGAUUCACAGUAACAUUGACGAUACUCAACGCUCUUAACAUUUUCAAGUGAAUUCUGAAGUAUGUUCAAGAACAUUUUAAGUGUUUUGGGGGAUAUUUGUUGCAACUUUCAAGUGGAGGACAAACCGUAAAGCCAUCGACGGAGUGACACCUUCAUUUUAUCAUCACAGUCAAGUGCCUCAAAAAGGUGGGGUAUGUGUGAUGGUAUGUGAGAGUUUACCAUGGUACAGAAGAAACUCUGGCUUCUGAAUGUCACCGUCGCGGCCGCCCUCUUUUUACUGUGUCCUUCUCUGAGCGCUGAAUCGGUGGUCCGGGGAAGGGUCGGGGGUUUUGCUGAGCUGGACUGCAGUCUGACUCCUCCAUCAGAAGGGGCCACCACUCCAAAUCUCUUUCCCUUACAUGUGGUGGAGUGGGUCCGGCUGGGAUACAACGUCCCCAUCCUCAUCAAAUUCGGCGGCUACACCCCACGAGUGCAUCCGAACUACAAAGGUCGUGUGUCAUUGAGCCGUGGCGCGUCUCUUCUGGUGGAUAAGUUGACGCUGGAGGAUGAGGGCUGGUUUGAAUGUCGAAUUCUUCUGCUGGACAGAACCUCAGAUGAGUUUCAGAACGGCACAUGGAACUUCCUUUCCAUCUCAGCUCCUCCAGUGUUCAUAAAGACUCCUCCUGCCUUCCUGGAGGUCAUGUUGGGUGAAUCUCUCACCCUCCAGUGUGAUGCUCAUGGAAACCCGAAACCCAUCAUCAUCUGGAGAAAGGAUGGCAGUGCCGCUGAGAAACAAGAAGCUUUUCAGGUACUCAAUGAAACCUUGUCUUUAGCCAAGGUUUCCAGGGAAACGGCAGGAAUAUACAAGUGUCACGUAUCCAAUUCAGAAGGGAACCUUACCUACACCACCCAGCUGCAGGUCAAAGGUCCUCCAAUUAUCAUCAUUCCCCCUGAGGACACCACUAUGAAUAUGUCCCAGGAUGCAAUUCUGCAGUGCCAAGCAGAAGCGUAUCCUUCUAACCUCACAUACGAGUGGUGGAAACAAGACCAAAACGUGUUUCACAUUGAAGUUCUGAAAUCACGGGUAAAAAUCCUAGUGGACGGGACACUCCUCAUUUCAGGUCUUAUACCUGAGGAUUCUGGGAAUUACACCUGCACACCCACCAAUGGUCUAAUGACUCCGCCCUCUGCGUCUGCCUACCUCAAAGUUAAACACCCUGCACGAGUGGUUCGGAUGCCCCGUGAGACUUAUCUUCCCGUGGGAAUGGGGGGAAAGAUCAAAUGCCCAGUUCAAGCCGAGCCCCCCAUGCUGUAUGUUAAUUGGACCAAAGACGGAGCGUCCUUGGACCUGGAGCAGUAUCCAGGAUGGAUGUUCAACUCAGAGGGCUCAGUGUUCAUAACUGCAGCAAAUGAUGAUGCAGUGGGCAUGUACACCUGUACAGCCUAUAACAGUUACGGGACCAUGGGCCAAUCAGAACCUACCAAAGUUAUCCUGAAGGACCCCCCUUCAUUCCGUGUCUCGCCCCGUGCCGAGUACCUACAAGAAGUAGGUAGGGAGCUGGUGAUACCCUGUCAACCCGAGGGAGACCCCGCCCCUAAUAUCACAUGGAUUAAAGUUGGUCCUGCUCCUCGCUCUCCGUUUAUAGUCCUAUCCAAUGGCUCUCUGGUCCUGCGUCCACUCAGUAAGGACCACCAGGGGGCGUGGGAGUGUCUUGCCACCAACCGUGUGGCCACUGUCAGUGUGGCAACCACGAUUUUAGUGCUAGGCACAAGUCCCCAUGCUGUUACCUCCGUGUCUGUGGAUCCAGGGAUUAGUCAGGCCAAUGUGUCCUGGGAGCCAGGAUUUGAUGGAGGAUACACUCAGAGAUUUACUGUUUGGAUAAAGCCCACUGUGAGAGGAAAACAUGAAUGGGCAUCAAUCCCUGUGCCAACAUCGAAAACUUCCCUGCUGGUGACGGGUCUGCAAGCUGUCACUAGUUACCAGUUCAGUGUUCUUGCCCAAAACAAGUUGGGCUCUGGCCCCUUCAGUGAGAUUGUCACCAUUACGACUCUGGCACCUCCAACAGACGCUCCCAAUGUGGUAACCACCAUUGAGGUGUUGCUCCCUCCCACCUUGCUGUCAGCCAAUCGUACAUCACUGGGUAUUUUGCUGCAAUGGGUGCCACCUCUAGAAGAGUCUCCACCAUUAACUUCAUUUGUACUUCUAGCAAAGCGGGGAAAGGGGGAGUGGGUCACUAUAGACAGAGAGAUUGCUGUCAACGUGACCGAAUUGAUUGUACAGGGACUUGUUAAGGACUCCAACUAUGAGCUGCGUCUUCUGUCUCGCAGAGACAGACUGGUUAGUGGGCCCAGUGACUCGGUUGUCAUCUCUACUGAAGGUAUGGAGAUGUAUCCGGCAGCACCCAGUCUCCUGGCCUUUGUUCCUGAGCCCCUGCUGGCUGGUGUGAUUGGGGGUGUGUGUUUCCUGUUUGCUGCCAUCAUCCUUUCUCUGGUGACAGCCUGUGUUAUGAACAAUAGAAGGGGACAACGGCGAAGGAAAAAGAGAGAUGAUAUCCCCUCUGCCUUCCAGAAGAGUUCAUCUCCACAAGCUCACUCGCCUUCUGACAGUCCCGACAGUGUGCUGAAGUUAAAACUGUGCCCUCCUUUAAACUUCUUCCCCAACUCAUCCUCUUCUGAUCGCUCAGACCGUUCCUCCUUUGAUAAAGGCAGCCGCAGUGAGUACCAGGAUCAGAGAAAGCAGCUCUUGUCCUCAUCCUCUCCACCUCCGCGCUACACCCUAUGUGAGAGCCACUUUGGUGGAUCUCCCUCAUCCACAUCUGCUAUUGAGUCCAUAGCCAGAAGUCCUGAUGGCCGCUUCGUUAUCCAACCUGACCUAGAAAACUCCAUACCAACCCACAUCAAAAAGAACCUUAAAAAAGAGUUCCCACAAUCACCUGGUAGAGGGAGUAACAAUGGAACUUUUAAAGAGUCCAACAAAUCAAAUCCUGUAAGUUCAGAGAGGGAUGGACAGAGAGAGAAUCUGUCAGCAUUGACAGUGGGCCCUUCAGACCCAGAGAGACCCCAUCACUCCCCUGGCAAGGUGAAGGCAAUGGCCAGAAACUUUUCCCGUCAUGGCUGUUUCUACUCUGAUGAUGAGCAGGGCUGCUCUGAGGCCUUGUUGGAGAAGGCCAGUUUUUAUUCAGACUGCAGUGAAAAGAGGGUGAGUGACUCACAAAAAAAAUGCCGGAGUGCCAGUCAUAGGGAGGACAUAUUUCCCAGCUUAACCAGGAGAGCCCGAGCUUUGGAGAGAGAGAGGCUGCUCCACCAGGCACAAUACCAGCCAAUCAAUGGAGACAGCCAGCUGACAGAAGACAGCACUAUGGUAACUCAACUGGAUGGUGAAAGAGAGAGGGACAAAUUAAGCAAAUGUUUAAAGCUGGCGAAGGAACGUGAGCAAAUGGAGAGGGAGCUAGAACACUAUACGGCCAGCCGAAGGGUACAGUCACAUGAGCAAGAACAGAGGCGGGCCAAGUCUGCAAGUCCCUUAAGAAAAUGGACAGGUGUUGAGUUUGAAGACCCUAUUUGGAAGCCCCAAGAUAUACAUUUACGACAAAAAAACAGACCCAGCAGCAUGGCCCAGCUUGUAUCGGACUAUAGGAGGGGCUGUUAUUUUGGCAACACCAGUAGUCCCAUGGAGAGACUUCCCUCUUUGUCUUCCUCACACAUCCAGUGGGACAUAAGCCCUGUGAUAUCCCCUACCAGCCUGGUGCCAGUGCAGAGCCUUUCUGAAGGGAACACACCUCAUUCACUCUACCCUCACACACGUCAACAAGGCAUUGCCGAUCUAGAAGAUUCAUUGGCAACAGACAUCUCUCGUUCACCAGCCACACAAUAUACCUCUCUCUCACGUUUCUCUCCUACCAGGGACAUACCCUCUCCCAGUAAAACCAACCUGAGUGGGGCACAAGCUAGACACCCGGAAAGUCACCUGGAAGAGGAGCAGGAGCUGCCCAACAGGACUUUAGUUCAGGAUAGUUGGUUGCAAGAAAGAAAAAUGGAAAAAGAGGCUCCAGCAUUUAGAUCAACAUCCCCUGCUCGCUUGAAUCCUCAACCAUCUGAGCUGCACCAAAUGGUGGGCGGAAGAGAUAGAGAUAAUAGUCCUAACCAACAUUUCCUUUAUCCCAUGAUUCAAAGCGUCACAGAGGAAGUAAGGCCCGUUAAAAAAGACAAACUGAGUCAUAAUCCAUCAGGUUGCUCUACAUUGCCCUAUGAUCAUCAGAAAGCAGGAGCAAAAGGAAAAGUAAUAGUGAGUGGUGAUUCCAGCUCCAUAUUGCCUUACAAUGAGCAAGAGAAAGAGGGUAUCAGGGCUCGAUCCCGAAAGAGUGACAAAUGUGUCUUCAGUGAAAGCCCUAGUCGAAUAUCACACCUGACCCUGUUGGAAAAUGAGGCAGGAAGUGAUCAGUCAAAUGUAUCAAGAAUGUCAGAAUCAAUGAAAGCUAAGCUUGCUCCCCAACCAGACCGGAUGUCCCCACUGCAGACCAGCACUAUCCUGGAAUACCUGAGUCUUCCGGGUUUCAUUGAAAUGAGUGUAGAUGAUCCUGUAGAAGUGACUGAGCCUUCGGAAUCUGUUGAAACCAGUGUUGAGCCAGAAACUAGGGCACUGUUAAGAGAUGAGCCCGACGUUGUACCCACAAUUUGGGAAAAAGAUGGUCAGGAGCACUCUGGGACCAAUAUUAGUCAUCACAACGGGGCUGUUCAUGACCACAGAACCCUGAACGUACCAGUGGGACACCAUAAACCUGGAAGUAUUCCAAUUUCUGAACCUUGUUCACAAUUAGAGGCACAAGAUACAUGUGUUAAAUCAGGCAUCUCAAACACAAUCAAGAAAGGUUUCUCACCAUCUAAAGAAAAGGAAAAGAGUUCUGAGCCUUUGGUUUCUCAGAGUUUAGGGCCUCAAAAACAAGAAGUUACACAGCAUGGUCAAGCACAGACAUUAAUUAACACGGCUAAAAGCAUGGCAGCAAUUGUUUCCAAAUGUCCAAACUCUAUAUCUGAACAAUAUCAAAGAUAUCAGGCUCAGGGUGACCGGACAAACAUGAUAUCCUCACGGAUCUAUCCAGGUCCAAUGCCUUUCAUGAAGAAAUCAGUCAGCACUGGUCCCUGUAGGACCCUCUCUGGAGUCGGGCAACCAAGUCAAUUCCUUAAGAAGUCCAUUAGUUUAGGUUCUAGAUGGGAACAUUUUGAAAAUCCAAGAGCUUAUAUAUCUGAAACUUGUUACAGGGAUAAAUUUCCCCACCCAGAUAUAAGGCUCAAAUCUUACAGUCUGGGUCGUAACCCUACACGCUACUAUCCCAUGUCUGGCCCAUCAUGGCGAGGGUCAGUGCCCUUUCAACCUCCCACCAGCUACAGUUUAGAGAGACGUAAGCAUAUUGAGCGAUCUGACAUGACACCUCCCUACCACACACCUGUUCCCUCAGUCCCAGAUCCACCACAACACAUGGAAUCAUCCCUUCCUUCCAGGCGAGAGUCAGAUCCACGUCGACAGGCAGCAGUCUUUCAAGAUUUCUCUAGGUGGCCGCUGACUUAUCAGGAAACACUUAGGUCAGUUCAGCAUAAGUAUGUCCCACAAGAACCUCCUCGACCUUUUGUUCCACCCAGAUCAGUGGCCAAGGUGGACUACCUGCAAACUGCAGAACACAGAAGGUAUCCACCAAGGCCUUUCCUCCCCAGAGGUUACAGCUGGCCCUCACCAUAUCAUACAUCCUUCCCCCUUCGAGAGCAAGACAUUCCGAGAGAGGUGGACAAAGGGAUGGGUGCAGUUAGGGGCUGUACAGAGACAGAAGGCCGGGAUAUAAGAGGUGAUGGGGGCAGAGCCAGUUACGCCAGCCAGAGCAGUGGAAGGGGUAGUGUGGGACCGUAUGGACACCUACGCCAGUCUCUCUCUAUCACUCCAACCUUACUCAGCUCGCCAGAGACCACCGAAGAGAGCGAGAGGCUCAGGACAGAUAAAGACCUGAGAGAACGGAGGUCCAAAAGAAGAAAUACCUCAGUAGAUGAGAGUUAUGAAUGGGAUGCUGCAGAACACUCUGUGGAUCUCGACAUCCUGGAGGCCAUGAAGAUGGAGCGGCCCCAUGCAGGCUUUGGGCGAGGCAGGGAAUUUAGGCAAGAACGCCCCCGCUCCACCGCUGGCCUCCAGGACUUCCCGAGUAAACGCCUGUACACCAUCAGCCCUCCCUUAGUGUCCCAGCCUCCUCAGCACCGGUAUGGUCGUUCCCUCAGUGAGGCUCGCUUCAAUGCCCUGCGACAGGAGUUCCAGGAGUACCGCAGAGCCCAGGAAUCCUACUCCCGAGACCCCUGCAACCCCCCUGACCCAGACUCUGACUCCAGCUCCGCAUUGCUCUGAAAACCUUACCUUGAGCAUCCCAAGGAAGAAGAUGAAUUGGUUUUGAGUAAAAACCUAACAAAUCCUGAGAAAGCAAAGGAUCCAGACUUAAAUAUCAUUGACCAGCUU